CACUGAAAAGUUUUGCGGUCACAAUUGUUUCCAGUUCAAAACGAAAGUGUAAAAACUGAGCGCCAUUUCUUUUUUUUUUAACUUUUCUGAAGGAUGAAACCAUUUGGAGUAGAAUUAGUCAUUGGCGCACUGUCCAUUGGCCUCAAUUAUGGAGCUACUUUUAAGUUAACAACUACAUCUCUUUUGAAGGAUCCUAUACCAACAUUGUCCACAGCCGUACCUGCAUUAUUUUUGGGUCAUAUUAUGCUAAUUGUGUUGUCCAACGUCUUGAGAGGAACUCCAAACAAAGCCUUGAAAUCAGUAGGCUAUAGUAUUUUAGCUACUUUACUUUCAACCGGUGUUUUACACGUAUUGACAGUUUUGUUCGGUGCACCUUUAAUAGAAAAAAUUCCAAACACAUUCUUGUUCUCCUCGUAUUUAUCAAUUCUGACUAUUAUGCCCUGUUUCGAAGCACUUGAAGAGAAUACAUGGAUUAAAGUAUUUUUGCAGCACAGCCCCACAACUACUUCAGAAAUAUUUGCUUAUACACAAGCUGUUUGCGCACUUUCUGGUGCAUGGAUUGGAGCAAUUGUUUUACCUUUAGACUGGGAUAGAGAUUGGCAAGCAUGGCCAAUUUCUUGUGUUAUCUCGACUUAUGUUGGGCAUGCUGUGGGCGUCAUGGCAGCUUUGGUGUGGUCAUCAGUGAAAGCAUUAUUUGGUAAAAAGAAGAGCGAAUAGAAUAUGAUUUUUUAAUAACUAUUAUAUAUAUAAAAAAAAAAAAAAUUAAAAAAAAGUGAAGGAGAGCGGCUACAUG